AUGUCUCAAGAAAUAGAAAAAAUAAAGUACUGUCCGGCAGGUCAUUCUUCUAUGGAUUUCGCUUAUUCUGGGUACAAAAAUUCCAUUCGUUCAAGCGGGAGAUGUAAUUUGUGUACUAAAGAACAUUUUAUCCAAGAAUUUAAAACUUGGACUAGUGGGAAUGCUAAUAUUGAUAAGAUCAUACAAGAAUCUCAAAUAAAUUUUUUUUAUGAUAAGAUACAAUGGAUCCCUUAUAAUUUUCAAAAUAUCAAACACAUAGCAGAUGGUGGUUAUGGAUCUGUGAAUUCUGCCAAAUUAGGACAAGGAGUAAAAUGGAAUUGGAAUUUUAUCAAACAAGAUUGGGAAUAUGAUUUAAUUGGUCGCAAAGUUGCUUUAAAAGAAAUAAAAGACUCGAGAUAUGAUAUAGUUGAAUUUCUUAAAGUGAUAAUGACUAUUAAUGAUAAUAGUUAUGAUUAUAUUGCUAAAUAUUAUGGAAUUUCAAAAAAUCCUUCUACACAAAACUACAUUUUAGUUAUGGAUUUAUUUGAUGAUGACUUACAUAAUUUCUUAACCAAAAAUUUUUGGGAUUUAGGGUUGAAAUCAAAAAUAGAAAUAUUAGGUUCAAUAGCAUCAGUAGAAAAACUUGAUGAUAAUAUAGUGGAUAAUAAUGUUAUGCGACAACUUAAAAUUGCUGAUGAAAAUCAAAAAAAUACAUCAAAAUCUCAGAAGCAAGAAUUAUUUGAAUUAUUUUGUCAUUCAAGUAAGUUACAUCCUCAAUCAUGUUAUAUUAGCCGAUAUAUUCAUACUCUUCAUGGAUUGCAUGAUUCAUUGGAAGAAAUAAAAGCUGGGAAAUCUUCAGAUCCUAAUAUACUAAAGUCCAAUGAAACAACUUAA